UCGUUUCGAUCCCGCCUUUAGACACAACUGAGAUCGAGUUCGUUAUGCCGGAGAAUCUCAGAUUCUUGCGUAUGACCAGAGCAGUGGUUUCACUCCAUAAUUCUCUAACAGAGAAAAUAGUUUCAUACAGAAGAGUUCCUGUCCUUUCUUAUUUUACGGACUUCGUGAAACAAGUGAACUCAAUCAGCACGACGAACUUUUCGUUUGUUUACAAAGAAUGUGCGAAGCAAGGAGCGGUGGAGCUUGGCAAGCAAGCUCAUGCUCAUAUGAUACUAUCUGGGUUUCGUCCCACUACCUUCGUCCUAAACUGUUUGCUGCAAGUCUACACAAACUCUAGAGAUUUACUCUCUGCUUCCAAGUUGUUCGACAAAAUGCCCGUGAGAGAUGUUGUCUCGUGGAACACAAUGAUAAAUUGCUACGCGAAGAGUAAAGACAUGGUAAAGGCCAGUUCUUUCUUCAAUACGAUGCCUGGGAGAGACGUUGUGUCGUGGAACUCGAUGCUCUCUGGGUAUUUGCAAAACGGCGAGAGUUUUAAAUCCGUUGAGAUUUUCGUUGACAUGGGGAGGGCAGGUGUUGGGUUCGACUGUAGAACGUUUGCUGUUAUCUUGAAAGCGUGUUCGUGUUUAGAGGAUAGCAGUUUAGGAAUGCAGAUUCAUGGGGUUGUUGUUAGAGUGGGUUAUGAAGCUGAUGUGGUUGCUGCAAGUGCGUUGUUGGAUAUGUACGCAAAGUGUAAGAGGUUUGACGAGUCGGUUAGAGUGUUUCGAGGUAUUCCGGAGAAGAACUCCGUCUCUUGGAGCGCUGUAAUCGCGGGCUGUGUUCAGAAUAACUUGCUGUCCUUAGCUUUGGUGUUCUUCAAGGAGAUGCAGAAGGUAGGUGGUGGAGUGAGCCAGUCGAUUUACGCUAGCGUAUUGAGGUCGUGCGCUGCGUUGUCUGAGUUGAGGUUAGGUGGUCAGUUACACGCUCACGCGUUGAAGUCUGAUUUUGCAGGAGAUGGGAUAGUGAGAACGGCGACGUUGGAUAUGUAUGCGAAGUGUGAUAACAUGCAAGACGCUCAAAUUUUGUUUGACAAGUCAGAGAAUCUUAACCGACAGUCUUAUAACGCGAUGAUUACUGGCUAUUCGCAGGAAGAGCACGGUUUCAAGGCUCUAUUAGUGUUUCACCGCCUCAUGUUAACGGAUCUUGGGUUUGACGAAAUAAGUUUGUCAGGAGUCUUCAGGGCUUGCGCCUUGGUGAAAGGUCUUUCAGAGGGGCUUCAGGUUUACGGUUUGGCGGUGAAAAGCAGCUUGUCGCUAGACGUUUGCGUUGCAAACGCUGCUAUUGAUAUGUACGGGAAAUGCCAAGCUCUGAGUGAAGCCUUUCGUGUGUUCGAGGAGAUGAGGAGAAGAGACGCUGUGUCUUGGAACGCGAUUAUAGCAGCGCAUGAGCAGAACGGGAGAGGAUACGAAACGCUUUCUCUUUUCGUCUCGAUGCUCCGCUCUGGAAUCGAGCCUGAUGAGUUUACUUUUGGAAGCGUUUUGAAAGCUUGCGCUGGUGGUAACGGUAUGGAGAUCCAUUCCAACGUUGUUAAGUUAGGAAUGGCUUCGAACUCCUCUGUUGGUUGCUCUUUGAUCGAUAUGUAUUCGAAGUGUGGGAUGAUAGAAGAGGCAGAGAAGAUACACAGUCGUUUGUUUCUUCUAGGCAAUGUUCCGGGAGAGGUUGAAAAGAUGCACAACAAGAGACUGCAAGAACUGUGUGUUUCAUGGAACUCAAUCAUUUCCGGAUACGUAACAAAGGAGCAGAGCGAAGAUGCUCAGAUGCUUUUUACUCGGAUGAUGGAGAUGGGCGUAGCUCCUGACAAGUUCACUUACGCAACGGUUCUUGAUACCUGCGCGAACCUAGCUUCAGCUGGAUUAGGCAAACAGAUUCACGCUCAGGUCAUCAAGAAAGAGUUGCAAUCCGAUGUGUAUGUCUGCAGCACACUUGUUGACAUGUACUCGAAAUGUGGAGAUCUCCACGAUUCAAGGUUAAUGUUCGAGAAGGCCCUGAAGAGAGAUUUCGUGACGUGGAACGCCAUGAUCAGCGGGUAUGCACACCACGGGAAAGGAGAGGAAGCAAUAAAGCUGUUUGAGAGAAUGCUACUCGAAAACAUCAAACCGAAUCACAUAACUUUCAUAUCGAUACUGCGAGCUUGUGCUCACAUGGGUCUAGUCGAGAAAGGACUCGAGUACUUCUACAUGAUGAAGACGGAGUACGGCUUGGAUCCUCAGCUGCCUCAUUACUCCAACAUGGUGGAUAUCUUGGGAAAAUCCGGGAAGGUAGAGAAGGCAUUGAAGCUUAUCCGUGAGAUGCCGUUUGAAGGAGACGAUGUUAUAUGGAGGACGUUGUUAGGAGUCUGCGCGAUACAUAGAAACAAUGUGGAGAUUGCGGAAGAAGCAACGGCUGCUCUGUUGAGACUUGAUCCGCAAGACUCUUCUGCUUACACUCUUUUAUCGAAUGUGUACGCAGAUGCAGGAAUGUGGGAGAAGGUUUCGGAUUUGAGGAGGAGUAUGAGAAGCUUUAAGCUUAAGAAGGAGCCUGGUUGCAGUUGGGUUGAGCUCAAAGAUGAGCUUCACGUGUUUUUCAUUGCAGAUAAGGCUCAUCCUAGAUGGGAAGAGAUCUACGAUGAGAUUGGUUUGGUUUACAGUGAAAUGAAAUCAUUUGAUGAUUCUUCUUUGGUGCCUGAGGUUGAAGUACAAGACCAAGACCAAUGGUACUACUGCUAAAUGUGUUGUAUGAUUAGUGGUUUAUGAAUUUAGUCCAUUUGUAUGAUUUACCCAUAUCAUAAGUUUACUAUAAACAAUUUAAUUAGAGUAUUCGUUCAUUUGUGUAACUUUUUAGCAUACAAUGUACAGUUGUCUUGUUUGUUCUGAAUGAAUACUACAUUUAUUGACA